GGACGGAGGGAGGGAGGGAGGGAGGGGGAGAGAGAGGGGAGGAGUGUUGUUUCCUUUGAGCAGUGGGGACGGGAUCGCAGCGACGACGGCGGCGGCGGCUGAGCCAUGGCUGAGCGGAGCGCGGAGGAGAGCCAGGGAUGGAGCGAGGCCCAGCUGAGGAAAUACAGCUUCCCCACACGGCCCAUCCCCAGGAUGUCCCACACCGACCCGCGGGCUGAGGUGCUGAUAGACAACGAGGAACCUGUGGUGUUGACGGACACCAAUCUCGUAUACCCAGCUCUGAAAUGGGACUUGGACUACUUGCAGGAAAACAUUGGAACUGGGGACUUCUCUGUUUACAUCGCCAAAACACAUAAGUUCUUGUACUACGAUGAAAAGAAAAUGGUUAACUUUAAGAACUUCAAGCCAAAGUCUAGGCGGGAAGAGAUGAAAUUCAGCGAGUUUGUGGAAAAGCUUCAUAAGAUAGAAGAAGUGGGAGGUGAUGACAGGUAUUAUUUGCAACAGACGCUGAACGACACGGUAGAAAAAAAGAUUGUAGUGGAUUUCCUGGGGUUUAAUUGGAAUUGGAUUAACAAGCAGCAGACGAAAUGGAACUGGGGGCAGCUCACAUCCAACUUGCUACUCAUAGGAAUGGAAGGGAAUGUGACACCAGCGCACUAUGACGAACAGCAGAACUUCUUUGCACAAAUCAAAGGUUACAAACGUUGCAUUCUCUUCCCGCCUGAUCAGUUUGAUUGCCUAUAUCCCUACCCAGUCCAUCACCCUUGUGACAGACAGAGCCAGGUGGAUUUUGAAAACCCAGAUUAUGAAAGGUUUCCAAAUUUCAGAAAUUUAGCAGGAUAUGAAGCAGUGGUUGGUCCUGGUGAGGUUCUGUACAUUCCUAUGUACUGGUGGCAUCACAUUGAGUCGCUGCUAAAUGGAGGAGUCACUAUUACUGUCAACUUCUGGUACAAGGGUGCACCAACCCCAAAAAGGAUUGAGUACCCACUGAAAGCCCAUCAGAAGGUCGCCAUUAUGAGGAAUAUAGAAAAAAUGCUGGGGGAGGCUCUUGGAGAGCCACACGAGGUUGGACCAUUAUUAACCAAGAUGAUUAAAGGUCGCUACGAUCAGUCCUUCAGUUAAUCUUCGUCCUGCAGAUUCUUGGGUGACGCUUCCCCACAGAGUGAAAGGCCACCAGAGAGAGACUGAGCAAACUGUAAACUGGUAUUACAAGCCUGCACUGGAAAAAGAAAAAAAAAUGGGACCCCCCCCCCAUUCCCCCACCCUCAAUUGGUUGAAAUCUGCUGCUGUUGACCAGUCAAGUGGAUCCUGUAUACACUUCUGUUGGUGCGUGCCUGAGGGUGAGCGAGCUCUCUGGUAAACUCCUCAGCCCUGUUUAGCAGCGAAGAUAUGGCUCAGAGUGUGUACCCAGAUCACUUCACUUCCACAGAAAUGGUUUUAAGAGUUUUUUUUUAAUUGAAAGAGCGACACUUGCCUGUGACAUUGCUGUUUUAGACAGAUGGUUUGGGAAUGAAUGAUGUUGGUUUCUUUGUCACAGCACAUUGUUUGCAUGGGGUUUUGUUGCAGGACUCCUCCCCCCCUCACCACCACCACCCCCCCACUACUGACCCCAAUUUUUGGAAAUCGCCGUUUUUUUCUGAGAAGCAACAAACUUGCCCCCAUUUCCCGCACGGACUCCUUAACUUUGUUGAGAUGCGAAGCUUGAAAUAUUGGCAGACGGCAAGCAAAGGCACGCCAGCAGUACCAAAUAAAAUCCCACACUCAAUGAGCCAGUGAACAUCCUUUGUGAUUUUACUCUUAUAAAACACAGACGGAGCACUGCAGGUCGAUCGGCAUCUAAGAGGGAAAGGUGGGUGAAAAUUUCACUUGUGACCUUUCGGCAGAACUCUUAAUGUUCUCUCCUUCAAAUGUCCCCAUCAGAGCCUCUGUGCUUGUCCAACACUUUUUUACUUCACAUUUUCACCAUUUGUUGAUCAUAUCUCUCAGUUCACUCUGGAGUUUGCAUGUGGGAAGGAGGAGAAAGCGAGAGAGAGGUAAGGGAAUCUGACCCUUUUCUGUUCUGAGCUGAGAAGUGCAUGAGAUGCAAAGCAGACAGCGGGACUGGUUAAUGACAGAGCUACAAUGUUGAUCCGUGCUUAAAUGCAUCCAGCAAGCCUUUAUUGCUACACUGAGAUGUGAACAUAGAGUGAAAGACUCUAUUCCAAAAAACAUUAGGUCUACCUUGUAAUUUAGCUUGCUCUAAUUUUAUAACAGCAGCAAAAUAUGAAAUUCCCCAUUGAAUUCUUAUUUAGGCCUUUACAAUUCAGUCCAUUGGCACUCCUGAGUCUCUGGAUCCUACCUCCAAAAACAUGUCUUCCAUCUCUCAUGCAAGGGACUUCCAUUCCCACAAGGGGUUAGCACACAAUUUAUGACCGGUGGGACUGCAGCGCGGUACAGACUAGAUUGAUUGAUUGAUGGCUGCAAGGAAGGAUUUUGUUGGAUUCAUGUUCGUGCUGAGGUGGAUGCAUUCUGACGUUGUUUAAUCCACUUCACCCCCCACCCCUGCCCACUUCUCCUCCGUGACUUAAAGGAGAUUCAAAUUUGUCAGUGAAAGUGGAUGUUAUCAAAGUUGUGCUUUUUUUUACUCUUCCUUGCCCACAUGAAUACUUUUUUCCAAUUGAAGGAGAACAAGGGGCUCCAGGGAGUUGAGUUUUUACUCCAGCGACUGCUGCUGUGUGCCUGAUGUAGUGGUAAUGGGAGCAGACUGGUAGCUUCUGGUUCCCUAUCUCUGCCUCGCUAUUCUGCCCACCUCGCCUCUGCAGCCGAGCACUCCAUACAUUGAUGGAGAGAGACGCUGCAACACAUCAUGACGACCCUUUCAAAUGCACGGACGACAAGGCAGUCUCGGUCUUGGAAUUGGGGCAGUGACAGCUCUGUAAAGCCAGCUGCACUGUCGGCUCACAUCCAAGCUGGUGCUUUUUUUAAAAUAAGUUUUUUUUAAAGAAUAAAAAAAAACACUUGAAAGUGAAAAUAAAUGAUGCUGCUCAAAAUAAAUGUUGAAAAGUAACUGAUCUCUAAAUCUAAUGUUGCUGUUUCUUUUUCCCCUGUGAACAGAUCAGCAAUGAUAUCAUAAUUUGAUGAUAUGCACAGAUAUUUCUUCAUUUGCUUUCUCCAGAAAUAAUAAUAAUAAUCCUGGCAUUUGAUAUAG